UCCACUGCGUCAAAAAUCGGAGUAACCGUUACCUACUGUCUGAUCUUUAUCGUUUCACUGGUCGCAAAUUCGCUCAUCGUUACGAUCGUUUAUAAAACGCCGAACUUAAAAAAACCGAUAAAUUAUUUCAUUGCAAACAUGGCCUUUUCUGAUAUUCUGUCUGCAAUAUUCUGGAUGCCUUUGAACCUGUCACUCGUGCACACCAACUCCUUACUUAUUGGUGGUCAGCUUGGCCAGGCCUUGUGUAAGCUUGUCUUUUUCUUUGGUAACGUUUCCCUUUUCGUUUCGAUACAGAAUCUAAUUCUGAUUGCGGUGGAUCGAUUUGGGACCGUGGUGUUUCCACUCCGUUCUCCACUCAUCAGAUCCAAACUAAGUCCCUUCUUCAUUCUUGCCACGUGGAUAGUGGCUGUAGCUAUCUCUUCGCUAUGUUUGAUCGCCGGCGAUAUCGUUGAUUCCCCAGGGGGAACCUCGUGUGUUAUGAAAUGGGAGAAAGUAUUCGGAGAAUCAUUGUCCUCUGCCAGUAUCGUACUAGCUCACGACAUUCUGCAUAUAUACAUCCCUGUGCUGUUGUUAGCUAUUGUUUAGUCCAUCAUCAUUACGAAGCUCAAGACACAGGCACACCCAGGUGAACAGUCCGCCAACACUCAGCAACAGCGGAAAAGAAGAAACAGAAACGUGCUUCAAAUGUCCAUUGCUAUCGUAACAGUGUUUGCAUUUUGCUGGUUACCAUUCUCUAUCAACGUUUUAAUCAUAGCGUAUAAGGACAGGUCCACGCAUUUGUCGUGUAGUUUCUGGCUAUACUUCACUGUCACCGCUGAUAUGUCUAACGCAUACUAUGCUAUCAACCCGAUUAUCUGUUUCAUUUUUAGCAGUAAUUACCGACAAGCUCUUAAAAGAAUUAUAAAAUGUUCUUCUGCUCAGGCGUAG